CACAGAUGAUUAGCCUGAACCCUCAAGUUCCAAGACCACUGGAAAGCCCAGAACAUGCAAGGAAACAGCGGACAGGAACAGGCAACAGGGGACAGGGGACGGCGACCGACCACAGGCAAGCCAGAGGCCCAAAGAAUUGAUUGAGUGCGUGGUAUGGUGUAUGGUGUACUACUUGUCUAGUAGCUAGCUAGUUAGAGACAACUAUGGAUCGAGAAGAAGUGGCACAGAGCCUCAAUGUGAUCAAAUCCAAGCCAGUGGAUCCCUUGAUGCUGCUUUCCGAGCAGGAGUUGGCCAGGGCUGUGGACAUCAAGGCGAGUGUAGAGGCGGACGCCAGACUGCAGAAUCGGUCCGAUUUUGAGUACGUUCAGUAUGCCCUUACAGCAGAAUUGGAAGAAUCUCUGGAACAAGUUCUGGAGCGCAUCUACCUGAUGCAAUGCUUUCGACAAGAAUACAAGAUCCACGACAAUGCCAAGGAAGGAGCCGAAGUGGUGCAUAAAUUGUCUCUCCUGUGUCCCGGAGUCUGGCUGGCGGUAGAGCAUGUGUCACAGCAACAGAAUUACAUGUUGGUACUGGAUUUUGCCAAACUUCUCCCCAAAGAACAGAUCAAAACAGAUGAUGACUUGAGGACCUAUCUUGCCGCCCUUUAUUACCUACAAAAUAGUGUCCUCCCAAACUUUGUGGCCAUUCGAGAAGGUUGGACAAUCAUGUGUGAAUGUGAGGGGGCAGGCUUUGGGUCCUUUGAUGCAGAGUUUUUUGACAAAAUUAUGCAUCACCUGUUCAAAGCAUAUCCCAAAAAUCAAAAGGAUGUCUUUAUUCUCAAUUCACCCUCCGUCGUGAGUUUAUGGUGGGGCUUGUGGAAGAGAAUUCUGACAAAGGAGCAACAAGAACGUCAUCAUUUAGGACAUCAAAUACAGGGGUUUGAGGGACGUCGUAUUGAUGAACUCUAUAAAAUUCCAACGGCAGAAGAUGGCAGGCAGAGAAUGAUAAAUAAUGUGUACCAAUACCUCCAACUUCGGAAACGCAAGGAAGCAGAAUUUUCAUUGAUCGAGGCUGCGGUGCGAGCCAUGACCCCGGAUGAAGUCCAUCACGUAAUUGCAAACAAUAUACAGAUAAACAGAUAGAUAUGAAUAAGUAGAUAAGAUGAAUAAUAAAAUUUGCUCAGAAGCAAAAGACGCAUUGC